AUGCGUUUCGAAUUCAUCCUACUUUUCUCAGCCUUUACCGGUAUAUCGCUGGGCUACUCUGAUGCGGAAACGGCUACUAUUGUAAACCUAGCAGUCCAGCUGCCGCAAAAAACCAUCGAACAACCUCAAGCAGCCCCCUCUGUGGCUCCUGAACCCGCACAAGUCGAGGAUGUGAGCGAACCCGCAUUGCCAGAAGACUUGAAUGAACCAGCCGCGCCAGCUGAGGCCCCGAAGUUCAUUGCACAGCGUCGUCGGGACAUUGUCACCAAUCUGGACUACCGCUGUGGUGAAAAGUACGGGAGAUGCCCGAGUGGAACUUGUUGCUCCAGUGCAGGUUUUUGUGGUACUACAAAGGCACACUGUCGCUCUCCGGAUUGCCGUAUUGAUUACGGCAUGUGUGAUGCACACAAGUCACCAAAGGGUCCUCCCACCAAAGACAUAGAGCGUGAGCAUGUUGGCUCUGUUCCAUACGGUCCCCAGCAGAUUCGAUCCUGUGCAGUUCCAGGAACGGUGGCUUUAACAUUUGACGAUGGACCCACCAGGUACACUGGCGAUCUUCUCGACCUACUGGACAAGUACGAAGCUCCGGCAACGUUUUUCAUUACUGGAAUCAAUAAUGGCAAAGGCGCAAUCGAUGACCCGGAUCUACCUUGGACUCCACUGAUUGAGCGCAUGUUACUGAGCGGUCAUCAGGUCGCCAGUCAUACCUGGUCUCACGAGGAUCUUAGCAAGGUCGCCCCGGAGCAGCGUAUUGAUCAGAUGUUGAAGAACGAAGCUGCCUUGAGAAAUAUCAUGGGAAGUAUCCCUACUUAUAUGCGGCCACCAUAUUCCAGCUGUGUCCAGGGAUCUGGAUGUCGAGAGGACUUAGGUCGCAUGGGAUAUCAUAUUGUUCUAUACGACGUUGAUACAGACGACUACAAAAAUGAUCACCCAACAUUGAUUCAGCGAUCUAAGGACAUUUUUGACCAGGCUUUGGCAUCCACCAGUCCUACUUCUCACUCCUGGCUGAUCAUCGCACACGAUGCCCACGAGCAAACUGUGCAUAACCUCACGGAACACAUGCUUCAGACAAUGGCCCGACUUGGGUACAGACCUGUCACUGUCGGCGAAUGUCUUCGAGAUCCCCGUGAGCUGUGGUACCGCAAGGACAAGCGCUGGCCGGGACACCGGAGGAAGGGACCCAAGAAGCCAUUCCCACAGCAAGUGUCUAUCGAUGGCACGUGCGGCAAAAACUUUACCUGCUUUGGUUCCAGCUUUGGUCUUUGUUGCGGCAACUGGAAUAUUUGCGGAAAUAGCUCUACUCAUUGUGGACCGGGAUGUCAGAAGGAUGCCGGAUAUUGCACCGUGGAAGCUCCCCCAAAUGGUGAUGCAUGGGAUUCUAGCUUCCCCAGCAAGAGUGGUCGCUCAGAGGCUGGCUCUGGUUUCAACACAGUGGGCACUGCUGCUAUAACAUCUUUGCUUCUUGCAUUGAUCGUUGCUAUCCUGAUGUGA